AUGUGGAUAUUACCGGGCGAUGUUACGACGACGCGAGGGAGAAAGAGAAGUCAUGCGCGAGCAGAGUGCGGCGCAAUUACGUGCGAAGAUAAUGCAUACUGGCCUCGAGGUGACAGUCCAGCGUCGUCACUCUUCGGCGGGAUGCCGGGCGGUUACGGCUUGGGGCCCCAUUUGCCACCGGCGAAUUACGCUAUUCUGGGCCGGGGGGGCUCAGCGCCCGGCUUCGGAGGCCACACACCAGCCUCGGCGCCACCUCCGUCCCCGUAUCCUCACAGUAGCCUCGGUACACUCAGCGUGGCCGCCAGUCAAGCUGCGAGUCUUGGUAUCAAUCCGGCGGCCAGUGCAGCAUGGUGGACAAUGGCCUCUCAUCUGGCGGCACACGACUAUCUCGCGAGGCUACAGGCGGGAGCAGGACUAGCCGGAUUUCCGCCCGGUGUUGAGAGCCUCCUGCCGACCUAUUCCACCUCUUUACUUAAUCCCCCGUCCCUCUCGUCUCACAAGUCCAGUAAGUCUAAGUCAAGCAAGAGUCACAAGACGCCACCGGCCAGCAGCAGUAGCUCGACGACGCCGAGUAUGACGAGCAGCAGCUUGCCGGUGACCACUCAACCGCCGGUUACGUCCUCUCAUCACAGCACCACGCCGGUCAGCACCACGCCAAAUUCGCAAACAAACGUCGUCAGUUCUGCGAAGGAAGGAAGUGAUCCUAGCAGUAUAUUAGGAGGAGUGCGUCUUCCUCCCGACACGGAGAUUAUCAAGUACACUUCGAGUAUAGUCGGUCCGAAGGUUCCUGGUACGACGAACCGUGGCAGGAAGAAGACAAUAUCCUUGGACACUCCCAGCGUCAGCGUGCAUCCGCCGCCAAUCCCCGCUCUCAGCACGCAUCAGACGAACACAACGUCGUCGUCUUCGUCGCUAAUGAUAGAACCGAGGAAGUACAAUCGCACGGUUGAUUCGAACGAGUACAGAGAAUCGACGGAUCGUGUGGAAGUCAUCAAGUUGCCGGCCCACUCGACCAACGGUUCGGUUCUGCCGGCGCCUCCGGUGUUGUACACAAGCAGCAGCGGCGGCGGCGGCGGCAGCAGCGGCAGCAACAGCAGCAGCAACGCCAACAGCAACGUCAACGAUUCGGACGCGCCCUUAAAUCUGUCGCUGAAGCCCGCCACGACGAGCAGUAGUUCGCCGAUUUCUGGUAGUCAGCCUCUCAGUCAGCUCAGUAAUUUAAGCCAGUCGUUGCUCGCCUCCGAUCGAACGUCGAGACGAAAGCCCGGACCUAAGCCGAGACGAGUUCCGCAGAACUCUGUGCCAGUACCGGCGUCACCUAGUCCUUCUUUGGCGCAACUCUUCGCUGCCGCGGACUCGCCGCAACGGCCGAGUAGCGGUAGCGAGGAAAGCGAGAGCGCGAGCACCGCCACUCAUCACAAGGAUGGGAGACCGCGAAAUCUCGGUCGCGGUGUGUCAAAGCCGAAAAAGAACACGGUUGCGUCGUUGUUGGCUCAAAGCAGAGCUCUAGGGAUUAAACCCACCCCGGGUUUGGAUCCGAAUGUGCCAUUGUCUCACCAAAUGUCGUUGCUGAGGUCGAACAUACUGGCUGCUCAGUUGCACGCUUCCGCCACCGGCCAGAAUGACGAUAAGAAUCAGAGAUCUUUGCAGGAGAAAAUGAAGAACAAAUUAUUGGAGGCCUCGGGAGAGGAGAGUAACAUGGACGUGACCAGCGAGAGCGGCAGCAACACCGACGUUGUCACGGACACCGACGACGACAACGCGGAGGGCACACCUAGCGCGAAGAGGCGAAAACUCUCGUCCGGUCUCAGGCCCAGCGAGAGGGACCUCCAAAUGCCGUUGGAGCGCGGAUGGAAGCGCGAAACGGUUAUCAAGGGAUUAGGAAAGACCGGAGUGAUAAAAGGCGACGUGUCGUAUUACAGCCCCUGCGGGAAAACCUUUAGGAGUAGUCCCGAUCUAGUGAAGUUUUUGGAGCAUCAGAAUCCCGGCGAAUUAACGACCGCCAAUUUCUCGUUUUCAUCCCGGCCGUUGGUCGGUGAAUUUCUUCAGCCAACAAUGGGUCUGGCGGACGCUGAAUUCGUUAGACUUGGCGCUCAAGAAGUGGCAAGAAGACUGGAAGAGCUGAGAGCGGCCGGCGGUUUCAGAGACACACGGACGAACAAUCAGUACGAGAGAGACAAGUUGGCCUUCGCGAAGAAGCUCGCAAAGGAGGAAGCGCAACGGCACAAAGAACAAGCUAGGCUGAUUAAGGAGCAGGAGAAAACGGAGCGGCAGGAAGCCGUGAGACGGGAGCGGGAGAUCAGAAAUCAACAGCUGCUCGAGGGUCGAAAGCGGCUCGCGUUCACGAUCAAGCAGAAAAUGAAGAUCAUCCAAGAGAUCGAGCGCGGCAAGAGCAAGAGCGACGUGGCUCGCGAACUGGGUCUGGCGAGCAGCACGGUCGCCACCAUCUGGAAGAAUCGUGAGAGCAUCGCCGAGAGCUGGCGCAACCGGGACAUGAUGCAGCAGACGGAUGUCGACGACGCCGUGCCUUCGAAGAAGCCGCCGUCGAUCUCGUCCCUCGCUAUGUCCGCCGCUUCGACGACGGCGCUCUGCACGCCGGCGGCGAUGACGACGAUGACGACGACGACGACGACCACGAUCACGGCGACGCCGCCGUCGGCGGUCUCCGGCGUCGUCGUGACGCCACCGCAGGUGCAGGUAGUGCCGCCUGUGUUACCGCCACCGCCGCCGCCCUAUCCCACUCUCACUCUGCCGUCGGCGGGUUUGGCGCCGUCCACGCAGCCGACGGCGCCGAUCUCUUCCUCAUCGAACCCGUCAUCGACCACAACGUCGACCGGCACGACGACCACGACCAUGCCGCCGGACAAUACCCAGCAGGCUCAGACCCAAACGCAGAAUCAGGAACUUCUGGAGGCGCGGAAAAAACGGCAGGAAGAGGUGGAGAAGAUCCGACUGGAAGAACAACAAAGGAAGCAACAGGAACGAGAGCUGAAGAGGCAGCAAGCGGUGAUGCUGAAGGAACAGAUGUACAUGCAGGAGCUCACCAAGCAGCGCGAGAUGCUCUACACCGUCGAGCUGGAGAGAGAAAGAAGAAAGCAGCACAUGGCUCUGGUACGGGCGUUGGAGAAUCGCCGAAAGAUGGAGGAAAAAGAGAAGAAGCGCCUGGAGGCCAGAGCCGAGAGAAUAGCAACGAAGGAAAAACGCGCGGAACAGAGAAGGAUAGAGAUGGAGUUGGUCGAACAAAUUCGCAAGCCGGUGGAGGAUAUGGAGCUAACAGAUCAUAGGCCACUGCCAGAAAUCAAGAGACUACCUGGACUCAAGCUUCCCGGGCAAGCGUUCGCGGACAUCGUCAUGGUCUUUGAAUUCCUGCACAAUUUCGGGGAGACAUUGGGAUUCGACAUGGAAUCGCUACCGAGUUUGAAGAGUCUUCAACUCGCACUUCUUAACGACGAGGAAGCCGAGGAGGAACUGCUGUCGGUGAUGACGCAUUUGUUGGUAUGCGCCAUCGAAGAUCCGGGCAUACCGCAACCGGCCAGACACACCACCGGUUUGGGUCAGAGUUUACGUCAGGCCGACAUCACUCACGCCAACAUCAGCGAAGUUCUGCGAAUUUAUUUGUACGCGAACGCGACCGGCGAAGUGAAGGCGCUGACGGGUGUAUGCCUUGAGCGCGAACGUGACAAGAAAUUCGCCGAUCAUCAUCAAAACGGGGGCGAUUACGCUUCAACUUGCUCGGGAAAGAACGCGCAGUUCUACGAGCACUUGCAUAACAACGAAACGUGGAGGAUGUCGGAGAGAUUGCGGGAGAAGCCUUUCCUGGCGUUAAAUCCGACGCACAAGGCGCAGAUGCUCGGUUUUCUCUGCAACGAGCUGCUGCAAAAUAAGGCUGUGAUCAGACAGAUAGAGGGUAGCCUCGAGACGGUGGCUCAGUUGAGGAAAGAGAGAUUUGUAUUGGAUACUAAGAUUAGAAAGCUCAGACAAUUACAUAGUCGAAAAGUUCGAAUGGAGGCUGUGGGUGUCAUCGUGAAUAAGAUCGGUGACACAAUUACCAUCGAGAAAAAGGAAGGCGAGGAAGAGAGCAAUACCACGUCCAGUGCCGUGGGAACGACUCCUACGCCGGAAGAAAUUCAUCAUGAGGACGAGGUAGAGGAUAUGUCAGAAAACGAGAGCGAAGGCACUCAGCCGGAAGAGGAGGAAGACAAAAACUUGUCAGGCGAAGAGUUGGGUAAGAAAUUGGAUAAGCUAUUGAAGCAGUCGGAAGAACAACUGCAGAAGUUGAACAGCUCGUCGAAGCAACUUCGGGCACACAUUUUCGGUCAGGACAGGUAUUGGAGGAGAUAUUGGGAAUUAGCAUGCGCCGGUGGUAUCUUUGUAGAAGCCAUGGAGAGCGCCGAACCAGAGGUUCUUGGAUUGCAAGCCGAGCUAGAUGAAAAGUACAAAAACAUGCCGCAAGAAAAGCCUGAAGUGAAACAGGAGGGUAAUAAAAAGACGAACUCUGAGAAUCGCGAGAACGAAGCGCCGAACGAAGUUAAGGACGAAAAGAAACACAACUCGAGCGAGCAAGACGAGAAUAUGAAAUCUCAUGGGGACAAAGUGAAGCCCGAGGUGGAGGAGAUUAAUUGUAAGAAAGAGCCUGUGCAAAAUUGCGGCUCGGAUAAUGCCGACGGAAUAAAAGAAGAAAAAAGGAACAACGAUGUCGACAGUACGAUGACAGAUGCAAAAACGAAUGUCACAUCCGAAGAAAUAAAACAAGAGACGGAGGUGGUCAGUAUGGACGUCGAUAUGAAGACCGAGGAAAUGAAGAAAGAAAACGAGGAGAUGGACGAGGAUGUGUCAAAGCCUCUGGUCAAGACAAUGGAGGACAAGAUUGUCGAGACAAUACCAAAUGGCGAGAAGUUCAACCACGUCAAUAAUUUGCACAACGGAAAGGAACUCAACGGCUCUUUUAUUUCUAUCAUGUCGAUUAUUUCAGACAGCAGCAAUACCGAGCCCAAUUGGUUUUCAAUUUUGCCGCGUGAAACUUGCGACACUCCGGGUCCUAGUACUAAGCAAAUCUUCGGCAUAGCCGAACCGACUGAGCUUAGAAUUCCUAUAUUCCCACCGCCAGCUAGUCCGAGUUACGAUAGGUGUGACAGCCCGGCGCCAUUGAUUCUGACUCAAGAUGAGGCGGUGCAGUUGGAGUAUCUGAAAGUGCAUGGCUUACCGCCUCCUGGCGAAGCCAAGCCGGUACCGAAAGAUCUGAGAUACGGUUGGUGGAGAAUCACUGAUGUUGACACGUUCCAAGAACUUCUCGAGCACUUACAUUCUCGUGGCGUUCGCGAGAAGGAGUUAAAACGUACAACAUGGGCGACAAUGGAGUCCUUCCUAGCUGUGACCGGUAGAAUUAACGUCGAUCCUGGCAACUUGGCUGCCACGGAACUUCAAGCUGAACCGGAUGAUCCUAACACGCCAAUUCCGAAACCUGAUGAUCCGAAUGACUGGAGUGAACAAGUUGCAUUGCGUGUAGAUGCUCAGCUCUUGGAACAAGUGGAAGCGCUGGAAGACAAAGUAGCCAACGCCAGCAUGCAAGUCAAGGGCUGGAAGUUACCACCGCGAGCGGGAACUGAGGAAGCUGAGGAAAUUGAGAAGUUAAACGAGAUGGAGAAGAUCAGCGCGGUUGAACAAGCACGGCAAAGGUUACUUUCCUUGGAGGCAGCUAUAGAGAGGAGAUAUUUAAAACCACCUUUGGGCGUUUGCACGGGAGAUACCAAUCUGGCAGCCCUUAAAGCAGAACAAGCGGCGGCCGCUAACGCAAACUCCAACUCCGACCAGAACAACCAGGCGCCCGCACCGCCAGAGGAAACGACACCACGAGGUCUGAACACCUGGCGAGAAGCAACUGCGCGAGCGCACACAUCGGCGCAGCUUGCCAUGGCGCUCUACAUGCUCGAGGCCAGCAUCGCUUGGGACAAGAGCAUCAUGAAGGCUGUGAGUCUAACAACAGCUAGAAAGUCGGUCUGCGCCAAGCUCCGAAACCGCUGCGUCUCACUCAAAGCUACCAAUCAGUACAAACAGCUAUUGACUACUUCUCAGACCUCUAAUUGCCAGUUUUGUCAUAGUGGAGACAACGAAGAUAAGCUGCUGCUCUGUGAUGGCUGUGACCGUGGCUACCAUACUUAUUGUUUCCGUCCAAAAAUGGAAAACAUUCCUGAUGGUGACUGGUAUUGUCACGAGUGUAUGAACAAAGCAACGGGUGAGCGUAAUUGUUUAGUAUGUGGAAAGAGAGCCGGCAAAAACCUGGUCCUGUGCGAACUUUGUCCUCGGGCUUAUCACACCGACUGCCAUAAUCCUGUCAUGCCAAAAAUUCCACGAGGAAAAUGGUACUGCUCUAAUUGUCACAGUAAACAACCAAAGAAGAGAAAUAGUAGUCGAAGGAGUCAUACCAAAGGAGGAGGCACCAGAGAAAGUGAAAGUUCUGAUCAUCCACCAGCUAGUCCAACGCCAUCAACGGCAUCGAACACGCACGUAGAGGACGUCAGUUCGUCGGAACCGCCAACUCCUACCGCCUCGCCACGGAAGGAGGGUAACAAUCGGACGCUCACGAAGAAGCAACAACGAGAGCUGGCACCUUGUAAGAUACUUCUCGAACAGUUGGAGCAGCAGGAUGAGGCCUGGCCGUUCCUUCUACCGGUGAACACCAAACAGUUCCCGACCUACAAGAAAAUCAUAAAAACCCCCAUGGAUCUCAGUACGAUUAAGAAGAAGUUGCAGGAGUCCGCGUACAAGUCUCGCGAUGAGUUUUGCGCCGAUGUCAGGCAGAUGUUCAUCAACUGCGAGGUAUUCAACGAGGACGACAGUCCUGUGGGCAAGGCCGGCCAUGGGAUGCGCAGUUUCUUCGAAAUGCGCUGGACCGAGAUCACCGGCACGCCGCCUCCGCAUCCGCAAACGCAUAGCUGAGGUUCGGUACGUUCGCGCAACACCUGCAACAGUUUUGCCCACUUCUACUAUUAGAAUAACGCACCGAUCCGCUAUGAAUCCGGCAGUCUCGUCGAAAGGAACUGAUCUACUCAUUACUCCCCCAAUUCACUUCCGAGCAUUAAACAGUUGGCCUCGUUAUAGCGGCCGAUCGAACUUUCCAUUGUAAUAAUAAUAAUAAUAAUAUUAAUAAUAAUAAUAAUAAUAAUAAUAAAUAAUAAUAAUAAAUAAUAAUAAUAACUGCUGCGAACGCGAGUACACUCGCUCAUCGUAUCAUUCAUUCUCGUCCUAAUCUCGCACGCGAGAGAGUGUGCGUUCUCUCAUGCGCGCUUCAUAAAAGAUGCUCCGAUUACCCACUGUGGUACACCGUGUAAAAAAGAAAAAAAAACAAAAAAAAGAAAAAAAAACGAGUGUCUCGUACUUUAUCGCUCUAUUUAGCACUUACGUCGCGGUCCCGUUAAAUUUACUCAGUGUUGUAAAGUAUUAUAUCGAGAGAGAGAGAGAGAGAGAGAGAGAGAGUAUGUGUGUGUGUGAGAGUUAAGAGAACACAAGUUUGGCAGAGCCGAUCGCGGAAUAUUCGGCUCUUUUUCUUUCGCUUUAACGAAAUCUUAAUAAAAAAUAAACGAGAAACUUUUGCGAUCACAAGAUGUGUGUGCGGUGACGGAGAGUUUUUCUCGACGUUUGACGUGAUAAAUCUGUCUUAAUUCUUCGAUACAGAACACAACAAUUCUUUCGAUCUCCGUUGAUAUAUAGGAGUGGAGCAAUGCGAAACGGUUAUUGUACUUACCGAUAAAAAAAAAAAAAAAAAA